AUGUCCACCAGCCAUCCCCUCCCCCCACCCCGUUCUUUCAUGACUUCUCUUUUCAAUACUCUUACCGCUUCGUCUUCAUCUUUAUCUUCAUCUUUAUCCCCUCAACUCCAACCCCACAAUCCAUCCCACAUUCCUCCAAGACUUUGCGACUCGAGGAGUACAGCUACGAAUGAGAAAGCAAAUCGAAGAGGGAAUGAAAAUGCAAACCAAAAAGAGAAUCCAUUGAAAAAUGUGGAGGCGGAGAAAAAAGCAUUGCUGAUGACGUUACAUGUGAUUUUUCCACCGCCGUUAUUGUUGCAGGCGCUGGAUUUGUUAGAUAGAGGUGGUGUGGAGAGGAUUGUGUUCUGGUGGGAGGGAGAGGCUCGUGGUAAUGGAUAUGGGGAAGGGGAAGGGAAAGAUCUGAGUGGCGAAGAGAGAGUGACAUCAAGAUAUCACGCUACUCACGCUGAAACGAACCAGACAACUGGAGAAGGAGCAGAAAGUAGCAUACCUCCUCAAGCACACAUCCAGAUACAACUCCCACUCCCACUCCCACUCCCACCCGCACCUCAUGCUCAUGCUCAACCACCAACCUCUGCCUCAAACCCAUCCUCUCCCACCAAAUCAAGAAACAAAAUAACACUCCACCAAGUGCGCUCGUCUCAACCUUCUAAAUGGAACUCCUCUCACUCUCACUCUCAAUAUCAGUCACAUUCGCACGCUACCACUAGAUCUAAUUCUAGAUAUGGCGUUAGUGCUGGAAUGGCACCAUCAGACAAUAUCUACACGGUCCAUCUAGACGCCUGGAACUGUACAUGCGCCGCCUUUACAUAUUCCGCCUUUCCCGCUCUUCCUACAUCUUCUAUAUCUUCUUCCUCUCAUUAUUCUGCUUCUUUUAAUCCCACAUCAAGCCCCCUCUUACAAAACAAGAAUCCCCAAGAAAAAGAAAAGGAAACUCCCGAAGAAGAAAAAUGGCAAUACGGAGGCACCACUGCCAAAGACCCCCAAGUACCCAUUUGUAAACAUUUGGUUGCGUGUCUUCUAGGCGAGAGGUGGGCGGGUGUACUGGGGGGAUAUGUUGGGGAGAGGGUGGUGGGGAGGGAGGAGAUGGCUGGGUUGUUUGUGUGA